AUAAAAAUGUAAAGAUAGGUUGAAUUAUUUUGUGCAAAAUGGAUCACAAAACCAGGAUCGUUGUUAAAAUACACAAAACCAGUCACAUCACAAUGAAAACGGUUAGAGUCUAAAAACUCUAAAAUAAUCUACCGAAAGAAUAGCAACAGUAGCGCCCUCUGGAGGCCGUUUUAGGUAAUGCUAUUGAAUAGUCCAAACGGAUAACUGCGCAUGCGCAGGUUUGAUUGUCUCGUGUUCUUUCGCCAAUGAUUUGCUCAUCAACACUCCAAGCCUUAAAUACUAGACGAGCUUGCGCCGAGCCAAAGUGACACAGACCGUUUACAGGCUAGGGAAGGUCAAUUGUUUUAGCUAGCGAGUAUGGACAAUGUCAAACGGUUUUUCUCGGGGCUGGAAAUGGACACCUGGUCAUCAGCCGCCCUCUUAGCUGGGGCUGCUGCUGGCCUAGCGGGGGCUCUUGUGUCGCUUGCCCGGGCGGUCGACGGCCACCUGGACGCCAGGAGGAAGAUCCAGAAAGCCAGGAAACUGAGAGAUGACAGCUUGCUAAAAGCCGAAGAGGCUGUGUUACUAUACAAGAAAGCGCAUCCAAAGAUGGAUUCAUCUCUCAUUUUGUCUUUGUCCUUGACUGAGCUGACAAAAAAACUACAGGAUGGCCAGCUGGUACCUGAAGAUGUGUUUUACUCCUACAUGGAAAAGACUAUCAAUGAAAACAAAAGGUUGAACUGUUGCACCACCAUCCUGCUGGAAAGUUUUGACCAUGUAAAAACUCUGGACUCCAACAAACGAGGGCUCCUGUACGGCGUUCCGGUCAGCAUCAAGGAUAACAUUGCCUACAAGUACUACGAUUCCUCCUGCGGUCUGGUUUCUAACCUCGACAAUCCGGCCGAGAAGGACUCGGUUAUUGUGGAAGUCUUGAGGAGACAAGGCGCCAUUCCCUUUGUGAAAACAAACGUCCCCCAGGGCACGUUGAGCUUUGACUGCAGUAACGUCAUCUUCGGGCAGACUGUGAACCCCCACAACCUCAACAAGACCAGCGGCGGUUCUUCCGGCGGUGAGGGGUCUCUCAUUGGGGGCGGCGGCUCCAUCCUCGGCAUAGGCAACGAUAUCGGCGGCAGCAUUCGUAUCCCCGCUGCCUUCUGCGGGAUCUGUGGCUUCAAGCCAACAGUGGGCCGAGUCAGCAAACAGGGCGUUAGCACUGUCAGUCCGGGACAAAAGUCAGUGUUGACAAGUUCUGGGCCAAUGGCAAAGGAUGUGGACGGCUUGGCUCUGUGUAUGCAGGCGCUGCUCUGCGACCACAUGUUUGACCUGGACCCAACUAUCCCGCCCCUGCCUUUUAAUAUGCAGGUGUAUAAGAGCGCCAAGCCUCUGAGGAUCGGCUACGUGGAAAACGACGGCAUCACGCAACUGACACCGAGCAUGACCCGAAGCCUCAGAGAAGUCAGGGAUUUGUUGGAGCAGGCGGGCCAUACGGUGGUGCCAUACAAUCAUCUGAGGAUUAAGGAUGCAUUUUUGCUCAUAUCCAAUGGCAUCUUUGGAGAUGGAGGCGCCUCUCUGGUACAAAAACUGAAGGGGGGACCUUUUGAUCCUUGUCUCAAACUUCAAGUGCUUCCUCUCUAUCUUCCUCGGUGGCUGAGGAAGAUCCUCUCGUUCCUGAUCAGACCUCUGUCUCCUCGCGGUUCUCUCCUCCUGCAAUGCUCCACUGGAGUCAGGUCUGUUGUGAAGCUGUGGGAGCAACAUGUGGCUGUGCAGAACUACAUAGAUGAGACCCUGGCCGAAUGGAGACGAUGCAACAUCGACGUGCUGCUCUGCCCCAUGUUAGGACCUGCUUACAACUUCUUGUACUGCGGCAGGCUUACGCUUAAUGCGUCUUUCACGGCUCUCUACAAUCUGCUCAAUUUUCCUGCUGGCGUCGUUCCUGUUUCCACGGUGACAGCAGAGGAUGAGGAGGAAUUGCGCCAUUAUGAAGGCUUCCAUCGGGACCACUGGGACAAGCUUUUCAAACAGGCAUUGUCAGGUAGCCAAGGUAUGCCCAUGGCCGUGCAGUGUGUGGCCCCUCCGUGGCAGGACGAGCUGUGUCUGCGCUUCAUGAAGGAGGUGGAAGACCUUGUUAAACAGAGUAGGAUCAAGUGAGGCCUCAGGUAUAAGUCUGUUAAGUGAACCUUUGGACACAAGAUAAGCCGGUCUGCGACGUUAUCGUGAAACACAACCAUUUCCGCUUUGCACUUGAGAUAAUGUUAUCAAAACACAACCAGUGCCCUUCUGCACUCAAGAUAAUUUCAUCGCAAAAUUUUAAUUCAAAUCAGAAUGUAUGUACAUGACCAGUCAAAGGAGAAACUGUCCGAACCUUUGACUUAUUUACUAAAUAUGUGCACACAGUACUGCAAAGAUACAAACUUAAAAAUAAUGUUAAAAAAGAAAUGCACUCCAAUGUUUGGUUUUUCAAGCUAAUCCAUUGACAAACUUAAAAGUUUUCACAUUUCAUUGAAGUUUUGAGAGCAUUAGACUUUUGUAUCAUAUUUGAAGUGGUUUUCCAUUAGUCAUUAGACAAACUUGCAUACCAGCUGCUCACUGGAAUAUCCCAAAUUGGAAUUUCUAAAGUUUAUGGGGGGGUCCUGUCACGUUAUAUCGAUAUUUGAUGGCACCUACUCACAAACUUUUUUUUGUCAAUGAGUGAUACAAUAAAUGCGCCUUCUUUUCACCCUA